AACGUCAAACGUUUCUGUUAUUGCGACGAAUUGCGGGUGUAUUAAUUUCCCAGCUUUAUUUUAAUUAAUAAAUUACUUGUGAAUUUAUAAAACAUACUUUUGUUUUAAGAUCACUUAUUGCUUUGUCGUUUUUUGUAAUGGAGGCUUUGUACGACGAUUUAAGUAACUACGAAGACGUAAACUCCGUAGUGGAGCUACGAGAGGAAAACAAGGAACUGAAAGUUAAGUUACAAGAACAUGCUGCUGCUAUGGAAAAGCUUCAAAAAGAUAUUUUGCAGGAUUAUGACAAGCUUGAGUUGGAGUUCAAGAUGUUGGAACAUAACUACUCAUCCUUGUUGAAGACUGCUCGCUCGGAAAUAGAGAGGAAAACUAAAAUGAUAUCUGAAUUGAAUAAGGAGAAAGACAUGAUGGUAUUGGAUGCUUUGAAGAGUGGCAAACAUAUUAGAAGACAUUUUAAAAAGCCAAUGUCAAAUGUGAACAGUGAGAGAGUUCAGCAUGACAAGUAUAGCAAGGAGAGAGGAAAUGAUAAACAUCAGAAGGAGGAACCACCACAAAGGAGUUUUGAAAGAAAAGAAACAACUAUGUUGCCUGCACAAGACAGGUUCCCUGACUCUGGUACUUGCACUAGGAAUAAGUAUGAAAGAAGUAGUACCAAGGCAGAUUAUAGUGAUAGAAAGAAUAAUGUUAAAGAAAAUGUGCCACACCAAAAGACUGAACACUACAAUCCUCUACAACUACCGGCUGGCAGUAUUAAGGAUAGGAGGAAGUCUAUGCCAGCUGCCAGUGCAUCCAGUGACAUACUAAGUUCAGAUGAAGAUUUUAAACGAAAUAUCAAAACCAAAGACACAAGAACUGAUAAUAGAAACUUGAGUAAAGUCUCUCUAGAUAGACAUAGCAAUAAGAAUACAGAAUCAUCGUAUCUGGAUGAUAGAACUUACAAUUAUCAAGGGUCUAUUAGAGACAUGCACAAAAGUAGAACAAGCAGAUAUGAUAUUUCACCACAUAGGGGCCGUGAUAACUAUGAAGCACCACCUAGAUACAGAAAGCAUCCUAGCGCAGAGCGUGUACCGAAGAGAUUGCACAGGGAUCAUCAAGAUGACUAUUAUAGACAAGAACAAAGAAGACAUCCAGGAAAAUCCUUGGAAAGUUCACCUAAGUCUCAUAGCCGACAUCGGCAACGACUGACAGAGAACCAACCUAGUUAUGAGAAGCAUGAACAAGACAAGCAUAGGCAUCAAUAUGAAAAUAAACAAAAUUCAACUAAACAUAGACAAUCAAGUGAAUAUGAUGAACCACUGUCUAAGAGGCAAAGAAUAGAAUCUCUUGUUCAUUCUGAUACUCAUUUCAAAGAAGAUAGGAGGCAUUAUCCAGAGAAUCAGCCUGUGUGUACACAACCCAUGCCAGCAUUUUCUCCUCAUGAAUAUGAUAGUCUUCAUUUCUCCUGCCAGUCCCCAGAUUCUGAACACAUGGAAUCAGCUUAUCCACAUCCUAUUAAAGAAAUCAUGGCUGUGGCUGCAAUACCACUGGAAGAUCCACGACUUUCGAGCUUAAAAUAUGCUGUUAUCAAAGUGAAUGGCAAAGAUAUAUUAACAACAAGAGUUGGCUUGAAUGUUGAUCUUAAACCGAUUGACAGAAGUCAUUAUGGUGUUCAUCCUGUCAAUGUUCCAACUGCAUUAGUGCGUCGUCCUUCGACUGACAGUAUUAUAAGCGAUAUCUAUCGUGAUGUCGGUAAUCCAAUAACUAGUUUAAAUGCAUCAUUUGAAUCUGGAGAGGUUCGUGAGACUGAUUAUGAAUGCCAUGACAUUUACGACAUACCAUACAAACAAAGCAAAUGUGAAAUGCAACCCAAACAAGUACCAAAUGUGUUUCCAAAGCAAACAAAGAAUGUAGCAACACCAGCUAGCCAGCCUAACUUGGAAAAGUAUGUCAUACCAAAAAUUUAUCAUAAUAGUACAACUACAUCAACUAACAUAGAUGUUCCUAUGAAUUAUCCACGUGAGACCGUCUCUAACAAUAAAGAUAUUCAGAAAAAAGACGCGGCUAAAGAUUCCUUACCAAGGAAAUCGUUAAGCAGUGAACACAUAAAUGAGGGGCCUGUAACUUUUCCUAAUAACAACAGUAUUCAAAAAGAAAAUCAAAGUCAAGUAACACUCAAUAAAAUGGCCAUGGUUGCCGGCGAUUUAGAGUUAAGUGAUGAUACCAGUGAUAAUGUUGAUAUACACAAACAUGUGAUGCAAGAAAAAGUUCAGAAAACUUGCAAAUCUUUGACAAAUAUCGACAAAGACAAAAAGGAAACUGAAAGCCUCGCGCUAUCAAAGCUAACGACCGUACCUGUAGUGAUGAAACCUGUAGAUGAUAAAGAAAUUAGAAAUACUGCAGGUGAUGUAAAAAAUAGAGAAUUAGAAAGUAUUAAUAAGAAACAAAAGAGUAAAAAAUCCAAAGGUAAGUCUAAAUCUAAAGAAAUGUCUAAAGAUUUUGUAGAAAGUUUGGAAGCCAACACAACACAUGCUGAAAAGAAGGUAAAGAUUAAAAAAGAUAAAGAAAUAAAACCUAAAAAAAACAAGGAAAAGUUUAGUGAUCUGUUUGGUGAUAGUAAUAGUUUGGUGACUCCUGAAGAUUUAGGGAUACCUACAUAUAUACCUAUUUCUGAAGAUGCACAAGACGCGGUCGAUAUGAAGAUCGACAAAGCUAUCGCUGCUUCACUUUCUCCAUUAGACAAGGAAGAAAUUGAUCUUGUGCAAACACAUCACGCUAUAGAACUAAAAGAAACAACUACAGUUUGUGAUGUUUUAAGGGCGACGGAGUCGAUGGAAAAUCACGAACUUCCGUCUCCUAUUGUGUAUGAAAACCUAAAUCCUGGCAUCGAUUCAAAUGAUACGGGUGUGGUUAAAACAGUUAUAAUUUCGACAGGAGUGCAGCCCGGGAUUCCGUUUGACGUUAACACGCAAGUUAAUAGACAUCCUGCACAUAGCUCUAUGCCUGUAGAUGUGAACUCAAAACCGACUGCUUUAGAACAUAAAAAACACGAUAAUUUGAAAGCAUUGGCUACAUCUACACCACAAAAAGAAUUUACUGCUAAAGCCUCUAUAGAAUCCGAAGUUGGAACAAUGGAGUCUACUAGUAAGUCUGAUAUGGUCAAGGCAGUUUUGACGAUAUCUAAUGCGGAACCAGUAGCCCAACAGACUGACGCAAAUACAGAUUCUCAUGAUGCACCGGAUGUUAGAAUAUUUAUGAAAAGACGCAGAAAGGUUAUAAAACGUCCACAGACUUCUACCACUUAGCACAUAGUAAUACAUUAGACUUAAAGAAGAACUGAUGUAGAAUAUCUGUUUAGCCAGAUAAUUUAUAGUGCAAUCUUGUGAGCCAGCUUCAACGAUGUACCGUCGCUGAGAGUUAAGUUGGUGUUACCACAGUAUUUAAGAUAAUAUGGUCUUUUAUUUAUAAAGAUAUAAGUUUCAUAAAUUAUGCCUAAUUUAUAUAUUGUUUUCAUGGUUUUGAGUUAGACUGAGAAUAUUUUAUGUAAAUAUUGUUUUAAGCAUUUCAUCACUUUGCACCAACUUUGUGGUAGCUGUGAUUGAAUUACUCCUUAAACUUGUAUUUCUAAGUCUAGGUGCUCAACCUUAUUUUAAGUUUACUGAAAACAAAUACAUAUCUUGUUUAGUAGACAUAGUGGAAAGUUUUUGUUACUAGCUGCAGUUUCUCCGCCCACGCGAUACUGAUCUAUACGAAUGUAUUCAAGAACUUAUUUAACUAAAUUUUAUAGAAAGGUGAAAUCUUUUUCACCAAAUCCACCAAUAGCUUUGGUCGAAAAUUUGUUGUAAUAUACCACAAUAUUUCUAUAAUUUAUUAUUCGCGGCAACUUUUUGUAUUUUUUUUAUUUAUCUGACUCAACAUAGAGGCAAUGUUGAGACAAGUCGCGCCACACACCACCGUUAGUAAUUCUGUCGCCGAGCGCCGGUAAAGUGGUGGACUAGUUGUUGAAAUACAACCCUCUUUUCAUAUAACAGUAUAGUCCACCUGCGAGUUUCCUGAAUUAAAAAAAAAAGAGUAUGCAUUAUGUCUUUAAUUCUAUUCUGAAUUCUUGUUUGUCCAUCUUUAUAUUCCAAAGUUAAAAGAGAUGUUUUUUGUUUGAAGAAAAUGUUGCUUUAAAACUUGUAUAGUUUUCAAAAUGGCGGUUUAUGUGCUAAUUCUCAAACGCCACCACAAUUUUAAUGCUGUACUUCACAAAAUUAAGGAUUGGUGUGAUAUUUAAGUACAACUUAAAAUGGAUUGGUAUUUCAGUGUUCGGGCGCUACCUUUUCAUUUUUGUUUAUUGUAUGUGGAUUGGAGUAUGCUCCAUUAUUAUUAGGUAUGCCCAAUAUUACAAUUCUCACAAUACAAAAUGGUCUGAGAAUUUUGCAAUUUAGGGGGAUUUCAUUCUAAAUUAUUAUUUCAUUAAUUCCAGUUUUAGCAUCAUUUUUUUGCAACUAAUGUCAUUAAGCAAUGUUUAACUAUCACAUAAGUAAAAACACUAAUUUACUUCAGACAGUAAACAUAACGCAAUAGUAAUCUCAAGUAAAGAUGACGAUUUAAUGUGAUUGUACGUAUUGUAAGGGUUCAAUGUUUAUUAUCUUAAACUUUUUUUAACCUAUCUACAUGAAUUCUUAUGUGACAAUAGGGUCUUAGGUAUUAAAAACGACUUGGAUUUAAAGCCCCCUGAAUUGCGCGAUUGCAAUACUGUGCAGCGCCGACAACAGAGGCCUUACCUUAGUAUGCGUUCGGCACUCUGAUUGGCAGGCGCCAUUGAACCAACCAAUCAGAACGCCUAAUGUGUACUCGUUACGAUUACUUGCUACGUAAAGCAAACUCGUACUAGCCUCUGGUUACCGAAGUAUUUUAUCAUGAGUUGCUAAAUAAUUAGCAUCGCAUCGCAUAUUGCUCUCGGUGCGUCCCGUUUUCAUGUAUCCGUGGCACUAGUCACAGAUCGAGAGUCUGUAAUAGAUUUUCAUAAUGCUACGUUUAUACCUGUAAACUUAAAUUGAAAAUAAAAUAUUUGGUGUAUUCCCAUAACAGUCUUUAUUUUCCUUAUAAAUAACUGUAAAUUAUAUUUACAUUUCAGUAGACUAUCUAUAUGAUACAUUGGAAAGAAUGAUUAACUUAUACUUAUAGGAAUUUGUACAUAAUUAAUUUAAUUAAAGAUACAUUUUAAUUUCCAUAUCAACAUUUAUGUACAAGUACUGUUUAAAACAACUAUGUUGUGUUAUAUCUAUGUAUCGGGGAGUAGUUACUUACAUAGCUUAAUUAGCGUUAGACCGUUGGUAUCGUCGUCAUUCUAUUAA